AUGGCGUCUCGCGCGGCUAUGCUCCUUGACCCACGAGCAUACAGGAAACAACAGAUCGCAAAUGGUAACAACGCAGAAUUUCCUUCAAUACCUUUAACCCGUGGCGUGGACACUAUGAGAGCGAGCAGCGAGCCUCCUGCAGCUCUCUUAUCUUGCAACCCAUUCUCCCACCAGAAGACUCCCACCCAAGGAAUAAAACAGUCUGACUUACUCUUGGAAGGCAAAACCCAACAGGAUACGAGUUCGUCCGCUAACCCCGCAGCGCCGGCGGGGACGGCUUCUACUGCGCACCAACUUCUCAAUCCAAGAGGCAACGCAAAAUCACGGCCGAGAGCGCGAUCGAAUUCGAAUCCCUUGAAGAGCGCCACCGAGUCUAACCUUCUUGCGACGAAGCCGGCGCAGGUCAAGCCUGAGAUGCAGUUCCAGUUUACAACUGCUGAGCAGAAUCAGAGUGGAGAUGAUAGCGACGGGAAACGGAACUUUGAUCAAGUGGAAAAUAACCUGGCUACAGGUCAUAGAAACUUGAUCGAGGAUAUGUACGGCGUGGAGAGACGCGCAGAUCAACCCCAGAAGCGCGUAAAAGUCCUGAAAGAACGGGAGGAGAAGCCUGUGGCAAAUAAGAAAUCGGAUUUCUCAAUGUCGGGGAAUGUUGGUCUCGGGGAGUGGAUGAAAGAGGACAAAGGAACGUCGGAUACGUCUACUGCAGUGACGCCCAAUGUGGUGGAUCUGACGCUGGAUUUUGCUCCCGCUCAAGCUGCGGAUGAUGACUUGGAGGUCACCGGGUCAAAUGAUCUCAGCAAUCAGAGGGUCUGUUAUGGCAAAAUCGAGAGUGCCAUGAUCCAAGCACAUAUGGUUCCUAAACCUAGUGCGAAGAGUAUCUUUGGUGAUUCACUCCAUGAUUGGCCCUCUAUAAAACUGAGCAUUCACCACCAACCUAGUAUGGGAAAUCGGAUAGAAGUUUCUGACCCUUACAACCAUGUUUUCGGCGCAGUCGAUGCCAAGACGGCUGCGGCCAUUGUGCCUCUAUUAGAUACUCCUGCAUUGAAGGUGGAUAUCUCCGCGCGUCUGGAUGUUCGGAAGAGGUCCCCAGAUGAAUGGCCGUGGCAGCAAUGCUCAGCCCUUUACCGGGUGUCGAUCAAUCUCUAUGGCCUCAGAAGGAACGCGGAACUAGUUGGCAGGCACCUUGGCCAGCACAAUGUAUGGCUGGGGACUCCUAGUUUGGUGGAACAAGGUGUCCCUGUUUUCAACCCCCACGCAGAAAGGAGACGUGCUCAGAUCUCCCAUACGCCGACAACUGCGCGCGGCCGCCCGGGCGUCAGCUACGAAGUCCGCACAGCAGAGGAAGUAAAUAACGCCGUUAUGAAGAUGUUCGAUCAGCUCAAAAGUGCAGACAACAUACCGGAGAUGGAGCCGUCGCCCCUAAUUGCAACUCCUCUUCUUCGCCACCAGAAACAGGCCUUAUGGUAUAUGACUGAGAAGGAGAAGCCCCGCAGGUUCGGGCCAAAUGAAGAAGACAACAACUCUCUGUGGAGGUUGGAAUAUCGGGGGAACGGCGUCAAACGGUACCGCGAAAUAAUCAGUGGGAUGAUCCUUAGCGAGGAACCACCGCAGACAUUGGGGGGUCUUCUUGCUGACAUGAUGGGUCUGGGAAAGACACUGAGUAUCCUAUCGCUAGUGAUAGCGACACUCCCAGAAUCCCGUAAUUGGGAACAAAUGAUACCCAGUGCGGAUCUCGUGCGCGGCUCACCAGGUAUUCGCAAUACUCGCACAACGCUUCUGGUCUCUCCUCUGAGUGCUGUCAACAACUGGGUAGCCCAAAUAAAGGAGCAUCUUACAGAAGGCGCGAUUUCAUAUUACGUCUUUCAUGGGCCUUCGAGGACCACUGAUGUCGAGGAACUUGCCAAGUAUGAUCUUGUCAUUACAACUUACAGCAUUGUUCUCAGCGAGCUUUCUCGGAGGGGUUCUAGGAGAGGGGUGAGUCCACUGACUAAGAUGAAUAUGUUCCGCAUUGUUCUCGAUGAGGCACACACGAUCCGUGAGCAAAACGCUGCGCAGACACAAGCUAUACUUCGAUUGAACGCCGAGCGUCGUUGGUCCGUUACUGGAACGCCUAUUCAGAACAGACUGGAGGAUCUCGUAUCAGUCACUAAGUUCCUUCGUCUCUUUCCUUAUGAUGAUAGGAGCACCUUCUCUGCUGCUAUUCUAAGCAAAUUCAAGUCUGGGGAUGCGAACGUGUUAGCCAGUCUGCGCGUGCUUGUGGACUCAUUUACUCUUCGUCGGGUGAAGGACAAGAUUGACAUUCCACCUAGGCACGAUAAGAUCGUUACUCUAACAUUCUCUGACAAGGAGAAAGAACUCCAUGAUUUUUUCAAGAGGGAGUCCAACGUGAUGAUGAACGUUAUUGCCGGCGAGAGCAAGACGAAGAUGGGCGGGCGCAUGUAUCACCACGUGCUGAAGGCAAUGAUGAUCCUGCGUCAGGUCAGUGCCCAUGGAAAGGAGCUGCUUGAUAAGGAGGACCGCGAGAGGAUCAAAGGAUUGAGUGCCCAUGAUGCUAUCGAUUUGGAAGAAGGGACCAAUGACCCUCCCGCUGCAAUGGAUAGAAAGGCUUACGAGAUGUUCGCUCUGAUGCAAGACUCAUCAGCAGACAUAUGUGCGAGCUGCGGGAAACAUCUGGAAGAGAAAUACACCGAGACAGGUGCUAUUGACAAGACGGCACCUAUAGCAGUGGUGCUUCCUUGCUUCGACGUCGUCUGCACGGACUGUUUCUCCUCGUGGGAGGAAUUCCUCCAUGGCCAGUCUGAUUCCUCUUCCGUCAACCAAAUCCGGUGUCCAGUUUGCGAGGGCUGGAUCCUUUCUGCGUAUUCCACUAUCACGCCCCUCGGAUUCCAGGAAUACUGGGAGACACAGGCGCAGGCGAAGCAGAGUCGCAAGCAUGCCAAGAGUCUUGGUGAAUACGAGGGUCCGCAUACAAAAACGAAGGCUUUAAUUUCGCAUCUGCUCGAUACGGUGGAAGAGAAUAAGACGCUCGGAGAGAACGAGCGUCCUAUAAAAAGCGUUAUUUUCUCUGCGUGGACUUCGCAUCUAGACUUGAUUGAGAUUGCUUUGAACGACAACGGCAUAACUGGAUACACUCGCCUGGAUGGUACAAUGUCUCUGGCGGCACGCAACAAAGCUCUCAACACCUUCAGAGAUGACGAUCGUAUCACUGUUUUGCUAGCAACCAUCGGUGCUGGUGGCGUUGGUCUGAAUCUGACUUCGGCUUCGAAGGUAUACAUCAUGGAACCACAGUACAAUCCAGCUGCUGUUGCUCAAGCUGUGGAUCGUGUACACCGACUUGGCCAGACGCGCGAAGUGACCACCGUCCAGUUUCUCAUGAAGGAUAGUAUCGAAGAGAAGAUCGCCGAGCUGGCAAAGAGAAAACAGCAGCUGGCGGAUAUGAGCAUGAAUCGGGGCAAGAUAGACAAAAAGGAGGUUCAAGAACAACGCAUGAGGGAAUAUAGAAGCUUGUUCAAGUGA